AUGGAAACAGGGAACUUAACAGAAAUCAUAGAAUUUCUCCUCCUGGGCUUGUCAGAGGACCCCGAGCUGCAGUCUCUCCUCUUUGGGCUCUUCCUCUCCAUGUACCUGCUCACUGUGUGGGGGAACCUUCUCCUCAUCCUGGCCGUCAUCUCAGACUCCCACCUCCACACCCCCAUGUACUUCUUCCUCUCCAACCUGUCCUUGGUGGACAUCUGCUUCACCUCCACCACCAUCCCCAAGAUGCUGCACAACAUCUGGACCCAGAGCCAAGCCAUCACCUACGCGGGCUGCAUCACACAGGUGUACUUUUUCACACUCCUUGCAGGAUUAGAUGACUGCCUUCUGGCCGUGAUGGCCUAUGACCGCUAUGUGGCCAUUUGUCACCCCCUGCACUACACGGUCAUCAUGAACCCCAGGCUCUGUGGACUCUUGGUGCUGAUGUGUUGGGUCGUGAAUGAUGUACAUUCCUUGUUAGAAUGUUUUCUAAUGUUGAAGCUGCCCUUUCGCACACACUUAGAGAUCCCCCAUUUCUUCUGUGAACUCUAUCAGAUGGUUCAACUUACCCAUUCUGACAGUCCUUUUAAUGACGUUGUGAUGUACUUGUGUGUUGGACUUCUGGCUGUCGGUCCUUUUUCUGGGAUUCUCUACUCUUACUCUAAGAUAGUCUCCUCUGUAUCGAUGAUCUCCUCAGCUCAGGGGAAGUCCAAAGCCUUUUCUACCUGUGCCUCUCACCUCUUGGUUGUCUUUUUAUUUUAUUGUACAGGCAUGGGGGUAUAUUUUAGUUCGAUAGGUGCCCACAGCUCACUCUCUAGUGCGAGAGUCUCAGUGCUGUACACCGUGGUCACCCCCAUGCUGAACCCCUUCAUCUACAGCCUCAGGAACCAGGACAUCAAGAGUGCUCUGAGAAGACUUUGGGGAAGAAAACCAUGA